AUGAUUUUGAGUUCUUAUGUGGAUUUAAGUGCGAGACGAGUAGGCCGCGACUUCCUGCAAAGCGUGAGGCCUCAUUCUCUGCGCCUUGAGGGGGAUGCGGAUUUGCCUGACUACAUGCUGCAAAGCAUUCCAAAAGAGGUCGAUAAAGUUCUAGAAGCUUCUAGAAGGCAGAAGCCUUGUAGCUUGAUUAAUUUCUUGCGCGAUUCAAGCUUCAAAGGCGUGGUUGAAUUCGACAGCCUUGGAGUUGCAAGCAUCCACGGAAAGGAGCCGAAGAACUGCUGGUCUCUCACUGUGGUUACUCUCACAAGCAUUGCAGCCGCGCUCCCUCACGUCGAGAAAAGCAAGGUCGAUCAGCUGGUGGAGGAUGUAAGAGACGGUCUCUUCUUCGUCAAGUUUGUGGUAGAGAGCUUCUACGCGAACGACGAGUGGAAGAACAUAAGGAAAGCUGCUGAUUUCUGGUUGAGAGUCGAGCUAUUCCGAAAAUGGCAAGAAAUCGACCUCGUUGAGAUCUCUUGUAGCAGUCCUAACUCCCAACACGCACUGCAGAAGCUAGCGUGUGAAAGUGAAAAAAUCGCGUCUGCUUUGAAAACAGACGUGCCUGAUUGCCCCAUGUUCAACCCUCAGAACUGGAAGCCCGAGAUCAUCGCCGCGAACUCAAUGUACAGGAUCAGCAGCAUGAUUUUGGACGGCUGUGAUGAGGAGAACGUGGUGGCGGAUGAGGAGCUGUUUGUUCGGUUAAGUAGAAUGAUUGGAGACAUUUUGGCGGCGUGCCUCAGCAAUUUAGGGCGGGUGAUAGACAAGAAGUGUCGCCUCAAAGCGAUUAAGGAGAGGGAGAGGAGCGUGCGUGAGGCUGCUCUACUCUUGGGAAGGAGUGAAGAGAUGCUCAAUUUUCUAGUGGAUCGCGAUCUGCCUGCGGGGUUGAAUCCGGAUCAUGUUGCUGCGUAUAUUGAGGAGUGGCGCAGCGCGAUGCUGCUGGAAAUGGAGGUGAUGAGUUCUGGUGCGAUCACACCGACGUUGUGCAUUGGCACGGGGUCAUCGGAGGGUAGAGGUAGCUGCUAUUCAAGUGGAGCGAUCAUGCUAAUGGAGCAUCUGCAGAGAAGUUUUCAGGCUAGGAAUCUUGAGUUUUGA